UUCACACCACAUGAGGAGAGAGAGGAGACACACUUAUCUCACCCUCUCACCAUGUAACUGUAGUUCCCCAUCACCCCCUUCUGAUCUGCAACAUCAACCCGGCAGUCUCGCCCAUUCAUCCACCCACGACACCACACACACUCACACCCUCCGCUUACACGGCUGCUACCCACAUUUCAAGAUGCAGGAACCUUCCCUUUUGGGACAUGCCAGCGAUUGAUCGACAAAUACACACACUUCAUGGGCUGAACGCCCGUGAGGUUCACCAGGAGGCCCGAAUGAUAAAAGAACUAUAAAGGAAGCCAGGCCAUCAAGGUCCAUCUGGUGACCGAAACCCCUCGUCCUUCAGUUCCGUCGUGUGAUACCCAUCUCGUUUCGUUUCGCUCCUCAUCUCAUCCCACCCCCACCAAACCAACUCCAACAAGCCGUCAUCAUGGUCCAGCUCCUCUCCGCCUUCGUCUCCCUCCUCUCCGUCGUCGCCGUCUCUGGCGCCGCCAUCCCGGCUCCUGCCCCCGAGGCUGUCGUUGAUGUUGCCCCUGAAACUGCUACUAUCGAGCCUACCGGCAACUUCACUGCCCAGGCCUGCAUGUAUAUCUGCGGCUCAGUCUGCUACAGCUCUUCUGCCAUCUCUGCUGCUCUAAACAAGGGCUACUCUUAUUACGAGGACGGAGCCACCGCCGGAAGCAGCAGCUACCCCCACCGAUACAACAACUACGAGGGCUUCGACUUCCCCACCGCCAAGCCCUGGUACGAGUUCCCGAUCCUGUCGUCCGGCCGCGUCUACACUGGCGGCUCUCCCGGUGCUGAUCGCGUCAUCUUUGACUCCCACGGCAACCUGGACAUGCUCAUCACCCACAAUGGUGCUAGCGGUAACAACUUUGUUGCUUGCAACUAAGCGAUUGCCCUUGGGAAUUGUGAUCGGAAAUGGGAGGGGGAGACAAUAACCUCAUGAGUGGAUGAGAUGAUGGGAUGAAACGGAAUGGAACACAACGGGGACCAAAUCCUAGCGCCGGCAAUGAGCUGGACUGGACGGGACCGGACCUUGACGGGGCGCGUGGUGUACAUAGCCCCAAGUGGUGUGUGCGAAUCUUGCUAGUCUGUACAUAUUGGACUUACCCUGCAGCGGAAGUUCGGUUGUUAGCAUUUUCAAAGGAGGGAAGAAAAAAAAAAGAGAUUCAAUACCCUACACAGUGGAUUAUCAUAUGGUUUUGAACA